CUGUCUGUCGCACACGGACACGGGGGGCACACGCUCGGCCGGCUCCUCUUCUCAUCCUCCACCUCUCCCUUCCCUUCCGCCUCUACCUCCACCUCCACCUCACCUGCGCGCGCCUUCCCCCCAUUGCCUCCGCCUCCGCCCCCUCAACCGGAGGAGCUCCCCCGGCUGCCGCUCCGUGGCCCGUGUCCCGUGGCCGCUCUCCUCCCCAGCCCUGGGUGGGUCGGCGUCGGCGGCGGGGGAACUAACCGGAGAUCCACCCGGACCCGGAGGGAAGGGAGGGGGAUCCCUUUGCCCUUUGGAGGGGGGGUGGGUUCAGGGGUGGUGGCGCGGAGGCCAGCGUUGUUGAGUGCGAGCGGAGCUCGGGGUGAGCUGAGAUGGUGCUGGUGGUGAAGCAGUACCGCUGCACGCACUCCGCGAGCUGCCUCUGCCUCAAGGGGCACAUCAGCGAGGACGCACUGUUCCUCGUCUUCCGCCACAUGAACUGGAACCCGAGGAUGAUCGCGCUCUUCUCCUGCGUCUCCAAGUGGUUCGACGACAUCGCCAAGCGCGUGCUGUGGAAGGAGUUCUGCCACGCCAGGGCGCCCAGGAUGAUGCAGGACCUGCACUCCGGCGGCAGCCACAUCGUCGACGGCAACUGGAAGGCGCUCGGGAAGCUCCUUAUCCAUUGCGCGGGGUGCACCAAGGGUGGCCUGUUUGGUAACAUACACGUUCCUGGGCACUUUGUUUUCAGGACCCGCUUCUCAAGGACCUGCGGAAAGAGCAUCUUGCCUCCGCAGUGCAGGACAGAUGUGUUGUACGUCUCGGAUCCUUGCGAGCACCUUGAUCAGGGUGAGGAAGGUGAUUUGGGGUUUUUCCGCGGCAUCUUCAAGUCCUUUGCUUCUUCAAAGGUCAAGAAGAUGCUGAUUGAGAAGCAAGCAAAGUUCCAUCCAAAGGAGGUGUGUCCUUAUUGUAAAGCCAAGCUAUGGAACUUGCUGCAGGCAAAUAUGAUACCCAGAAGUGCUUCCAUAAGGUUGGAUGCUUAUGACGAUUCUGUUGAGUAUUAUAUAUGCCUUAACGGACACAUCCUUGGUUUAUGCACUCUGAUGCCUGUCUCUGAUUCCGAGGAUGCAAAGGAGUAGUUAUCAAGACUUGAGUCAGGUGGCCUUAUUCAUGACUGGUCUGUGAAUCUUGUACAAUGUUGGAUCUUGCUUUCUACUAAGAAUCAGUAGCUCGAUAAGAAAAUGUUGUUUUUCUUGGUGCAUGUACAAUGUGGGAUCUUUCUUUCAACUAAUAGCCAGCAGCGUAACAAGAAACGUUGCCGUUGUAUUAUCUGCAUUGUUCUUUGUACCAAUAGAACAUUAGAAGGCUCUAUGUCACCACUUCCUUUUUUAUGGGUACCUCAUUACAGGUAUCUUGUAUUGUAUCUACAUGUUUUACAUUAUCUGACAUGGCAUGUAGCAUUAAGGGACAUUCGAGCUGUACAAAUUUUGCUUGUGUGCAACACAGCUUCUCUGAUAAUUUUCACAUCAAUGUCGAUACUCGAUAUCAUGUUGCCCAUAACCAUGGUUGUGCAUACUGUUCCACUGAUGUAACCAGACUCGAGUUUCUAUUA